GACGCCGGCAAAAUCAGUUGGAGAGGUUGAGGGGGCCAAUAACCUCUGGCUGUGGAAUCACUGCAAUCUGGCCCGUGUUUGCAGAUGAUAAUGCGCCUUUCCAAAGCCCUGAUAGACAUGGAGAUGGCAGAUUACAGUGCAGCUUUAGAUCCUGCAUAUACGACACUGGAGUUUGAGAACAUGCAAGUCUUGGCAAUGGGCAGUGAUACUUCCCCAUCUGAAGUUACAAAUCUCAAUGCUUCUAACAACAUUGGAGCCAGUGUGUUAUGUGCCAUUUGUGGAGAUCGUGCUACAGGGAAGCAUUACGGAGCAUCCAGUUGUGAUGGCUGCAAAGGGUUCUUCAGAAGAAGUGUCAGGAAGAACCACAUGUAUUCUUGCAGGUUUAAUAGACAGUGUGUUGUAGACAAGGACAAAAGGAACCAGUGUCGAUAUUGUAGGCUAAAGAAAUGUUUUCGAGCAGGAAUGAAGAAAGAAGCUGUACAAAAUGAACGUGAUCGAAUCAGUACUCGGCGAUCUAGCUAUGAAGACAGUAGCUUACCCUCCAUUAAUGUUUUAUUGCAAGCAGAAGUCCUUUCACAACAGAUAUCAUCACCAAUGUCAGGGAUUAGUGGAGAUAUCAGAGGGAAAAAGAUUGCAAAUAUUGCAGAUGUGUGUGAAUCUAUGAAGCAGCAGUUAUUAGUGCUUGUGGAAUGGGCCAAAUAUAUCCCAGCCUUCUGUGAGCUUCCCCUGGAUGAUCAGGUGGCUUUGCUACGGGCCCACGCUGGGGAACAUCUCUUACUGGGGGCAGCCAAACGCUCGAUGGUGUUCAAAGACAUCCUUCUCCUAGGAAAUGACCACAUAAUCCCCCGAAACUGCCCAGAAUUGCUGGAAAUCAGCCGUGUAGCUGUGCGAAUUCUAGAUGAGCUGGUGUUAACGUUUCAAGAGCUGCAGAUUGAUGAUAAUGAAUAUGCUUGUCUGAAAGCCAUUAUCUUCUUUGAUCCAGAUGCUAAAGGCCUAAGUGACCCUAUCAAGAUCAAACGAAUGCGAUAUCAAGUCCAGGUCAGCUUGGAGGACUACAUCAAUGACCGGCAAUAUGACUCACGAGGACGCUUUGGGGAGCUGUUACUUCUCCUGCCAACCCUCCAAAGCAUCACGUGGCAGAUGAUUGAGCAAAUCCAAUUUGUUAAACUGUUUGGCAUGGCCAAAAUUGACAACCUGUUGCAAGAGAUGCUGCUUGGAGGGUCAUCAAGUGACACGCCUCAUGCUCACCAUCAUCCUCUACAUCCCCACCUGAUCCAGGAGAAUUUGGGAACAAAUGUCAUUGUGGCCAACACAAUGCCUCCUCAGAUCCAUAAUGGACAGUUGUCCACUCCUGAAACUCCCCAACCUUCCCCCCCAGCUGGCUCUGGAGCUGAACAAUACAAACUACUUCCGGGGGCCAUUGCAACUGUAGCCAAGCAGCCCAGUUCGAUCCCUCAGCCCACCAUCACAAAGCAGGAGGUCAUCUAGCAUCCAACUGAAUGAGCAAUUGAUGACUCAUAGACCGCCGUGUGGAGAAGCAAACCUCCCUCGUUCUCAUCUCAAUCACCCUGGUGGUCGAACAAUUCAUGGAGCUUUUCCCAGGGCAAAAACGUGCUAUUUUUUUUAUUCAGAAAUUACAUGUGAAAAAAAAAAUAAGAAGUGAUCUUCACAUGCAGCUGUGACUGAAUGCUGCAGAAUUUACAGAUUAGCCUCAAUGGACGCCUCACCCUUCGCAAAGAGAACCAGAUGUCAAAGUUUAGAUUUGUUGGUGGCUGUUCCCAAAAUUGCACUGACUUGCCUGUUUUGCCACUGCCUUCUUUUCCCCCCUCCCUCUUUCUCUACAAAUCUGCCUUAAAAAAAAAAAAAAGGCAGCUGACUGGAAAGAUAGAAAGAAACCAAGCCCCAUUACUGGAGCUUCUCCAAACAGUCCUUUCUGUGACAUUAUGGGUUACACAUUUCCAGAGUCUUGAUCCUUACAGGAAGAAGACAAAGAUGCGGAGACUCUGAACUUGUUGAAGCUGAAGCAUACUUACCAUUUGUACUGCCUGCUCAAAUGCAUUGGGGAAAUACUACAAGUAAAAUAUAGGCUCAUAUGCUUCCACUAGCUCUAGCAGUCUAUAAUGUUGAAUGAUGAACGUUUGCUGUCUUCAAGCACCAUUGUUGCAUAUGCUACUGAUAUUUUGUCCAUCUGGUAAAUUAAUAGCUUCUAUGGGGAAGCACCCUCAUGCUGAACAAAGUAUGGCCUUGCUGCAUCUAGUUAAGAUUCUUUUCAUCUAACAAUGUACCGUACCUCAUAGCUUCUUUGUUGUCUUCGGGAUCUAUCCCUCAAGACCACUGCCUCUGCUUAUGAAGAUUUUGGGACUAACAGACAUUGACAGAUCAUUCCUUUAUGCCUUUGUCUAAUGCAGCGUUCCCCAACCUUUCCAGGUUGACGGCCCGGCGUGAGGAGGGGGGGGAGAGAAGGGAUGGUUUUACGUGAGGGGCAGGUGUGCCCGCGCAUGUGCACACUUCAUUUGUGUGAGUGGUGGGUGCGUUCAUGUGAGUGGGGCUGCAAGCGCCAGUGCCCACCACUCAGGCAAAUGGGGCUGCGAACCCCAGAGCCCGCUGCUCGUGCAAGUGGAGCUGCACGUGAGUAGAGCUGCACACUUACCCACCGCUGGCGUGGCCCAGUUCCAAAUGGGCCGUGGCCCGGUUUCAAAAAGGCCUCAGCCCAGGAGUUGGGGAUCCCUGGUCUAAUGGUUUUUGAGAGCACAAGGUUUGUGCCAUUUGCUAGCAAGGAAAAGAGGGGGAGAAUGCCUCUGAAAAUGCUCUGUUGGGCCUAGGGCUCCCCUUUCUCUGCCUGAGAUAAUCAUUCAGUUCUAUUCAAGAAAAAAAAUGGAUCCAAAUGGAAUUUAGUGAUGAUGGAAACCACUAGAGGGAUUGGCAAGGAUUGGUCAGAAAGCUUCAGGGAAUGUCCUAUCAAAUGAGCAAAGGGCAUUUUGUUCCUUCCUAUUUACAAUGAAGGGACAAUAAUGAACCUGCACCUGAUCUCAGCACUGCCAAACAAGUUGGACUCUAGAUGGACCGACCGCACUUCUUCACCAGAAUUUGCAGUUUCCAGAAAUGGUUCUGUAUCAAGACCUAUGGACAUACCUGGAUUUUUAUGACAUUCACCCAAAGUUUUCUUAUAGCUGACAGCUUUCACAGGGGGCAGACAGAAAUAGACCCUGGAAUGAUCCCUUCUUCAAUUAUCAUUUAACAAACCAGGAUAUGACAUUUGGGAGUUAAAGAAGUGGAAAAAGAAGUAAAGGCACUCAGAUCUUAAGAGCCCCAUGAUUUGCUUCAGUUUAUCUUAGGAGACCAGUAAUCAAAUUAUUCUUUAGCCAUUUCAGUUUCUUGGGAAAUUGUAGGCUUAAUUCACACGACAAUUCUAAAGAAGUCAUAGUGUAAUUCCACCACCCUCCUCAGUGUUUACCUGGUAAAACUGGACUGGGGAUGAAUUCGGACUUGCAGAAUAACCUUGUAUAAUUUAACUAUUAUGCUACCCUGAGAUCCGCCAAUUGAAGCUUGAAUCCAAACAUACAUACAUAGAUUUAAAAAAUCCUAAACCCUCAGGCUGUUCUGAGUACCAGUGUCAAACUGUGUUCAGGUUUGUUUGUUUUUUUUACACAAAACUACUCCAAUCCAUUUUACUAACUUGAUUCCCUCCAGAUUUAUUGAGACUGCAACUCCCAGAAUUCCUAAUCAGUCUCUUGGGACUUGCCAUCCAACAUGUCUGGAGGGCUCCAAGUUGGGGAAGGCACUCCAACAUUUUCAUCAUUUUAGUAAUGUAACAGGAGGGGGUUGUUUGGAAGAUUUUGUUUUGUGCCUUCAAGACAGUUUUGACUCCUGGCAACUCCCUGGAUAAAUUCCUGCAGUUUUCUUGGCAAGAUUUUUUGGAAGUGGUUUGCCAUUGCCUCCUUUGUAGGGCUGAGAGAGAGUGAUUGGCUCAAGGUCACUAAGGUGGGACUGGAAAUACGAUCUCCUGGUUUCCAGCCUGUGCCUUAACCACUACACCAGGGCUGUCAAACUCCCGGCCCAUGGGCCAGAUGCGUCACGUGCUGGCCACGCCCACGCCAGGUUUAGCGAAAGGGGGAAAAGUCCUGAUGCAUCACGUGAUGCUGCCGUGACAACGUGCAUUUGACACCCCCGCACUACACCAAAUUGGCUUUGGAAAUUACUAUUGUUCUAUGUUUGAAGUUCCAAAAUAUUGCAUAUUCCCUUAUUCUGAACACUACACUGAGAUUAAGCAGAUCCUGACCACAACCUUAUUGGUGUCCUGCAGUGGUGAAAUCCAAUUUUUUUUUAUUACUGGUUCUGUGGGCGUGGCUUGGUGGGCAUGGUGUGGCUUGGUGGGCGUGGGGAAGGAUACUGCAAAAUCUCCAUUCCCAUCUCACUCUGGGACCAGCCAGGUAUUUGCCAGUUCUCUGAACUGCUCAUAAUUUCCACUACCGGUUCUCCAGAACCUGUCAGAACCUGCUGGAUUUCACCCCUGGUGUCCUGUUAUCCCAUGUGAGUUGAGAAGUCAUUCCAUGUUCUACUGAUGUGCAGUAGUGUGUUGCUUUGUAAGGCAUCAGACUAAUGGUGUAUUGGUGUAACUAAUGGGGUAACUAUCAGUUUUCCCUUCCAACUAGUGUCAGCUACCUUGAGUUUGAGCAGUAUUUCCCAGCCCUGCUGUCCUUAAAUCAUCUAGGCCCAGAUCCUUCUGUGUGUAAAGUACAGUACAUGCCCAGGUAUAAGGUGUUGCCAAAGGUAAACAUUUUCAUGGAGCUGGACAUAUUCAUCCACAGUAAAAAAAAAAAAUUCUGCUCCUCCAGUAUAGCCUACAGCUCAAUAUUGCUUGAUGUGCUCCAUUCAAACAUCGAUCAAGCCCACUCUGCUUUGCUUUUCAAGAUCAGCUGAGGUCAACUAAGGGUUGCUAAGGGUAGACCUCCUACUUUAGUUCAACUGUAUUAUGGAAAUUUGCUUACAAUUCUAAUAUGUUUUUAAAGAAUUAUAUAACUCCUCAGAAUUGUUGGGAAGAUAUUGGUAGAGGGCAUGCAGUAGUAGAAACUACAGUUCUUGCUUUUAAAAAAAGUAGAAGGAUAGUUUGGAGAAACACUUAUUUAUGAUGAACACAAAUACAUUUUGUAGAGUCAUCUCUUUGUCAGUAUGUAAAGGACAGCCAAAGUAAUCCCUGCUAAAAGGGGAUCAAGUCAGAUUCUUACUGGAAAUAAGCCAAUUUACUGCUAAUCUACCAUCAUUUAUAGGCUGCUGCUUAAGAUCUAGUCCUUUUAUGACAGAUACAAAAAUAAACACCCUGCCAGCCCCUAGUCACUGUCUAAGUAUUGUAAUAUUUGCCAAAUACGAACCUGUUAUGCUAUGUAAUUUAUUAUAAUGAUGGGCUGAAUAAUUUUUCUUUAAAUUAUUGUGUAAAUAAUAUUGAUUCCAUGAAAUCAUAACAUUUUAUAUGAACAAUGUAAAUUACAAGACUGCUUCUCCAACUGCAGCAUUGUUUUAUGUAUCAAGGUUGGAGGAAGUUAUUUUUGAUGUAGAUUUACUACAUGCCAUCUUCUAGGACAGUAUAUUAAUUUUUGUUGACUACUGCCUUCCAAUGGAAAAAGCUGUAUUUCUUUAUUUGUGUUUUAAAAAAAUAAAUACAAAAAACUUUUCUAAC